AUGGUGCCUCUAACGCCGGAAGUCGUCGAGGCUGCUCUGACUGCCGUGAGCUACGAGGCCAACUACGCUCGCACGGUCAGCACCCGCCUCUGUUUGCACUAUAUCAACUCGAUCCGGAGGCGCGUGACCGACAGUGGCGUGACUUGGCUUAUCAUUUCGGUGGACGGGUGCGAGAGUUCCCUGGUGGAGCCCACGGGUCGCUGCGAUAUCUACUACUGUCGGCCCUACAAGUUCGAGCUGCAAUUAGCUCAGAAGACUCCAGCAAGCAGCGACUUCAUCGUGCGGUCGAUCUACAGGACCGUGGACCAGAAGACGGUGGACGAAAUCCGGGAGGAGGAGAGCAACUUGGACUUCGAUAUGACGGCGGGGGUGGACGUACCCUGGCAAGUUGCAGGCCAGAAGAAGCUUCAGCUCCCGAUCGACGAAGAUGAUGAAGAAGAAAAUGAGCCGUGGGCCGACGACGUGGAGUGCGGAUCACAGUCUGCCGCAAUGGAGGCAAUCGCUGCCAGUCUUCGCAGUGAAUCCGUGACUUUGUCUGUUACUGAGCCAGAACAAACUGCGGCUAUUGCGUCGGGAUCCACGGCGAUUGUUGCUGUCGCUGGGAUCGCGAUCGUAUCAGCUUCGAUUAUUGUUUUUGUGUUGGCGUUGAUCAAGGUCCGGUGGCGCAGUCGAGUCAAUGCAACAAAAACCCGUGUCAAUCGAGAUGAUUCGUCCUUCCGCACUACGGCCAACACCACGCCAAACGUGAGUGAGAACAUGGUCUCGACGGCCAGCAUGGACGACAUCGAUGUUCCAGACAACUUCGGAUUUUUCAUUUGA